GCUUAACCUUAUGUAGAAAGUUAUGCAAAUUAGGGUUUCGUCUUCCUCGUUUUUAUUCAAAGCUCCUUUCUCUUCAUUCUCGUUUGCCUUCAAAACACCAUCAAGGUAAGGAUUAACGCCAGAAAGAUUUCAAAAUGGUUGAGAAAACAAGGGGAAGAAAGGAAGAGGUGGUGACCAGAGAAUACACCAUCAACCUUCACAAGAGACUCCAUGGCUGUAUCACUACCGGAUGCAUACCCGAACAAGGGUUCAAGGAUAUGAUCCUCUUGAGGACUAUCCAAAUGCAUGAAAACUUAUGGGGAAAAAAAUCGAACAUAACCAUCACAUUCAAGAAGAAGGCUCCCAAGGCUAUAAAGGAGAUCAGGAAAUUUGCCGAAAAAGCCAUGGGGACAAAGGAUGUACGAGUCGACGUGAAGCUGAACAAGCACAUAUGGAGCCGAGGGAUCCGAAGUGUCCCAAGAAGGAUUAGGGUUCGUAUUGCUCGGAGGAGAAACGAUGACGAAGAUGCAAAGGAAGAGCUCUACUCUUUGGUAACUGUUGCUGAAAUCCCAGCUGAAGGACUGAAAGGCUUGGGCACCAAAGUCAUUGACGAUGAUGAUGAGUAAUUUAUUGGUUUUCUUUUAGUUUAUGAAAACUUUUAAAAUUUUGUUUGAGACCGACAACUUUAUCAUUAGAAUUUUUUGGGUUAAGUUUUGUAGUAAUUUCUUGUGAGACAUUAAAGUUUUCCUCGUAUAUUUGGGUUCA